CGAUGAGCGCCGGCCAGUGCAGUGCUUCGGGUGCUCUGGACGUCGCGUGGUGCGCCCUCCUGGUCACGCCCCUGGUGGUGGCCGGCUGGCGCGGCACUUGGGAGCUGCUGGACGUCCACGCCGCCCACUUCCCGCCGUGGGAGAGCUGCGUGAUCGGUACGCUGAUCCAUGUGGUGGCCGGCGGCGCGCAGGAGGCGUUCCACGCGCUGGCGAUGGAGGGGGGCGAGCAGCGCACGCCCCUCGGCCGACUGCUGCUGUUCCUGGCCAUGCGCAGCUACACCCUGGUGCUGCAUCUGGCCACCAAUGUGCAGUGGCGCGGUGAGUCUGCGCAGCGCAAGCCCGGCCUGACUGUUGCCGCUCUUCGCCCCUUGACAGGUGUGUGGAUGCUGCUGGACCAGCACUUGGGCGUGGUGGAGGAGGGCAGGGUGCGCGUGGCGCACGCGGGCGUGGCCCUGGGGCUGUUCGCCGCCUGCUUGGGCCUGCUGGGCGGCAUGCGCUGCUUGCGCAACCUGAACUCGCCGCCCUUUGGGCUGUGCGCGGACGAGGGCGACCCGAUGUUCCGCUUCCCGAACAUGUUCCGCACCGCCAUGGCGGACGGCGCCGCCCGCUACGCGGCCGACGUCGUCUUCUCAGUGGGCGUGGUCGGCAACUUGGGCGUGGUCGGCUGGCGCGGCCUGUGGCUGCUCGCCGAACUGCUGCUGUCGCCCUGCGCCAGCCUGGUGUUGGGCUACGCGCUGGUCGCCGCGCUGUUCCUGCUGCAGCCAACCAUGCAGGCGGUGUGCGACGCGCCCGCCGGCCUGCGCCGCCUCCUGGCCGCCGACGCCUACAUGCUGGCGGCGGUGUGGGCGGCUGUCAACGUGUGGCGCGGCCUCUGGACGCUGCUGGACCGCCACUUCCUGCCGGGCAGCGGGCCGCUGGGCCUCUGGCUGUGCCAGGGGGGCGCGCUGGCGCUGCUGAUGGCGCUGCGCUGCUCCAACUCGCUGCUGGUGCGCGGCGUGUGGCGCGACGGCGAAGAAGCGGGCGGCAGCUGCGUCGCCUUCAGCGUGACCCUCAAUAAAUAAAUGCACCAUUAA